AUGAUGUUUAUGCUCAAAUCCACGGCAUGGCUCGCAACUUUGCAGAGCAGCACCAGAUCUUUUGGAUCUUUGAGACCGGCGUUGUAUGCUGCCAUCUCGUCGUCGACAGCGCCCGCCCUGGAGACCAAUGUCAAGUCUGAGACGAACAGGCUAGAGAAGACCCUGACCAAGUUCUGGGAAAAGGUGGAUGUUACUGAGGAUUCCGAAGGCAUUCAUGUACAGUUGGAUGGGAAGACACUCAAGACUCCGUUGGGAAACCGGUUGAUUCUGCCUCCGACCAAGGCCCCAUUGGCCCAUUUGAUUGCCCAUGAGUGGAAAAACCUGCAGACACUCACGAUAAAGCCUUACACGGUUCCUUUGACCUCGGUGGCAGCUCGUGCGGUUGACUUGAAAUACGUGGAGGAGACGAAGGAUCCAGAGGUUGCGGCUAAGAUGGGUACUGCCGAUGAUGUCAAAGAGAGUUUGCUGAGAUACCUUGAUACCGACACUCUGCUGGUAUUCUCUCCCCACCACGAGUACCAGGGAAAACUCAGAAGUGCCCAGGAGGAGAUCUACAGGCCCAUAAUCAAGUCGAUGGAAGACUACUUUGCCAGACAUGCGGGUGUGGAGAAGCUCGUGUUCAGCUAUUUGGACACCGAGAAAGACGGAUUGAGAGGAAAUAUGCAAACGGAAGAGACUAAAGAUGCCGUAAGAAAAUGGUUAAAGAAUUUGAGUGUUUGGGAACUCGUUGCUUUGGAAAAGGCGACUUUGACUGUGAAGUCGUUCCUUGCAGGCACGGCCAUUCUUCGUGCUAACCACCCAGCCGAAACCGAGAGAUUAUCCAUUCACGAUGUAGCAAAGGCUGCGGAUCUGGAGACCAUUUUCCAGACAGAGAGAUGGGGUGAGGUUGAGGAUACUCAUGAUGUUGAUAAGGUUGACAUCGUGAGGAAUCUUGCGACUGCAGCGCUCGUUUGUCACGACCACUAG